AUGGAGGACGGGCUGCUGGAGAUCAUGACCAAGGACGGCGGCGACCUGCCCGCGCCCCUGGAGGUGUCCGCCGUGCCGGCCGUGGGGGACGUGAUCUCGGGCGAGUACAACGGCGGCAUGAAGGAACUCAUGGAGCACCUCAAGGCCCAGCUGCAGGCCCUGUUUGAGGACGUGCGGGCCAUGCGGGGGGCCCUGGACGAGCAGGCCUCGCACAUCCAGGUGCUCUCGGACGACGUGUGCGCCAACCAGCGGGCCAUCGUCUCCAUGUGCCAGAUCAUGACCACCGCGCCCCGCCAGGGCGGCCUGGGCGUGGCCGGCGGCCACGGGGGCUUCCCGGGCGCCCCCCAGGAGCCCGAGACCCCUUCGCCUGGGAUGGAGGACGGCGGUUUGCUGGAUCGCGACCCUGAGGACGAGGAGGAGGAGGAGGAGGACGACGACGACGAAGAAGAAGAAAAGGAAAUGCCCCGCUCCUCCACACCCACUAGUCCCUUGGAGCGCUCCGAGAGCCCCUGUGCCGGCCUCCUGGCGGGGGACGGGCCACUUGUGGAGUCGCUCGAGCUCCCCGACAUCACCCUGCUGCAGCUGGAGGGCGAGCCCUCCCUGUGA